AUGUACCUGUUCAAUACAAAGGGUGAAUAUUUUGACCAGUCGCAUGUUGCUCUACCAAAUGUUUCCAAGUUCUUCUUGCAUCAAGCUCUGGAAGAGAGAAAAGCCGCAGAGGCUUUGAUGAAGUAUCAGCAAGAAAGAGGAGGCCAUUACUGUUCUAAAACUAUCCAGAAACCAAACUGUGACUAUGCAGUCGGUCUGAUGAAAGCCCUGGAAUUAGCAAUGGUACAGUGGAAAACUAUGAUACGAUAUUUUGAAGAGCUUUAUGCCCUGAGUAUUGAAAAUGCAGACCCUCAUAGCGCAAGCACUAUCAAGAAACAAUUUAUCGGGCCCAAAAUCCAGAAGAUCAAGCUGAUGGGAGAUCUACUGACCAACGCUCGCAGGCUUGACUGUUCCCAAGAUGGCAGAAACAGUCUUGGGGAUUACUUUAUGGACCGGUUGCAGAAAGAGUUCAGAACAGGAAUAGAGCUAGAGUCUAGUCAGCACUGCAGCCCCUGCCUGCCUCUCCAGCAGUGCACAAGAGCUGCAGAGGGUAUGAAGCCAACCCAGAGAGAAUCUUUCCAGCACAGAAAUGGCAUAGGGCCCAUCUAUGCAACCAUACACUGCACCACCACACUGCCACACUGCCAUGACUGGACAGGAGCAAAAGUGAAGCAGGGCAGGGAGGGAUUUUAAUGCUGUGGCUGCUGCAGCUAUGGGGCUGCUCCUAAGGCAGACCUGUACAGAGGGCAGCCUUGAGACCAAAACUCAGGAUAUAUGAUGCUCUAUUGCUCCUCCUGCUUUACACCCUGCCCCCUCAUCCUCUGGUGAGUAACAGCUCAAAAUCUAGCUCAUACCAUUAUUUUGUUUAAAUUAUAGCAAGAUUGCUAGUUAC